AUGGCAGUGAGAGGAGUGAGGAACAGACUGAACACAGAUGAAUCAAUUAGCAGAAGGGAUGACACCUCACUGCAAGGUAUAGUGACUAUCAUCACAGCUGCAAAAGAAGUAGAAGAAGAAGAAGAUGUAAUAAUAAGAGCAGUGCUUUCACAGCUCAUUGACACUGCUGUCUCUGCCUUUAACCUGGCUUUCUUGGUGGUCACAGAGGCUGUCACCACACCAUGA